GCCUUUUGCCUAUCCACUGGUGGGUGGAGCUGGGUCUUGUUCCUUUGGCAUGCAGUGCCAAGGCAAGGAGUGUGUUUAGAAAUAUGUCUCCGCUCAGAAAGGUUUUAGGCAGCCUGCCUGUUGAUGACUGGGGCCGUGUUCCUACCCUGCUGGUUGUUUGGCCUGAGGCAUCCCAACACGGGAGCCUAUAGUCUCUUGAGUGGGACCAGGUCUGGGUGACAAAAGGACAGCCUCCAGGAGAGCUGAUGUCAGCGAGUGCUUCACAGUACUUCCGUCACCAGUGUCCUUGUCCCCACAGUGAGCAACAGCUGCCUCUGCCUCCUGGAGCCCCUCCAAGACCAGCAGUUACAAGAUGCCGAUGCUGAAUUUGAGGAUUCAGAGCUGAGAGCCUUGAGAAACAAAAACUGUGAACUUGUAGAAGGUGAAAAGAACCUGAAAGACAUCUGUGAUGCACUGAGGUCUGUGAAAGCAGAGAAGGAAGUGGAAUUAAAAAUGUUGAAGAGAAAUGAAGCGUUCCUCACUGAAUUCUAUGAACAAAGAAAAAUGGCUGCAGAAGAGAAACUGAAAAAGAAGCAAUGUGAGUGGAUGGAAAGGGAGAAUCAGCUGUCCGCUGCAGAGGAAAAUUUGAAAUUAGUUUCAGGAGAAGCACACAAUUACAACUCACAGGCAGCAAAUUGAACGAAUGCAAGAAGAACUGCAGCAGGAGGAGUUCAGCUUCAGACACCAGAUUUCUCUUCUUGAGAAGAAGGCUCAGGACAACUGGAUCAAGGGUCGGAUUUUGGAGAGAGAGAUGGCAGAGCAGAGCAGGGAAGCCGCCUACUUGAGACACAAAUUGGCAAUCACUGAAAAACAAGGACUGCAAGAGAAAUAUGGGGUGCCGAAACCGGUGCUGGGAAGACCUGAGACCCAGAGACCCCCUGGGAGAGAUACAGGACCUGACAUGGCUCCCAUGAGAAACAGCAAUUCUUUCGCUACGAAGGAUGUACAAAAGGGCCAGGUCAGUAUGGAUGCAAGAGGGCCCUUUCCUUUCCCACUACCACCCUGCAUGCCCUACCCCAUGGGCUGCCCUUUAUCACCACCCAAGGGCUGUGGGCCUCUUCCACCUCCUCUACCCUGGCAUUCUCUGGGACCCCACCCAAUGCCUCCAUAUCUUCCAGAUGGAGAACCAGUUUAAAUUUGAAGAGAAUCUUGAGCCAUGGCAAGCAGACUAUGGUAAUGGGAUAUUUAGAAAAGGUGUCAGAUCUACAUUCUGACCCGAAUGUUUCCCUGCCCCUUCCACUCCUGUCUCUCCCAUUGUCAGCCCUAAUAAACCUUCCACACUUCUA